AUGUCCACCGCAGCCGCACCUCGAACUGAAGCGCAGUGGAUGCAGCGCACUCGUGAGAAGCUGCGCCCGAUGAUGACCAACCGCGGACUCGAGACGACCGGGACCAAGAAGGACUGGGUGGAACGUCUCAUGGUUUAUGAUGCGGAGCAGCAGCAGCAACAGCCGCAGCAACAGCCGCAGCAACAGAAACAGAACUCUGCCUCAUACGCUGCCGUCGUCUCCUCGUCUUCAGCAGCAGCACUCUCAUCUUCAUCAGCAGCAACAGCAGCACCAUCAGCAGCAGCAUUGCUCUCAACAACAGCACCGCCGCUUGCAACAGCGGCAGCACCAGCAUCCUCAUCUUCCGCUCCAGCAGUGCCGUCCUCAUCGUCUGCUGCAGCAGCCCAGCCGCCAUUCGUGCCACCGCUUCAGCCAGCUCAAGGCACCACAUUCACUGUUUCCAGUGCGGACUUGGAUGGCCUCACUGUUCCGGACGAGAUCAAGGCGCUAUUGGAUUCGCAUGGCAAGAGCGUCGAAUUGCUCGUUCGCAACAGUUCAAGUGACUUGUUCCAAAGUCUGUUAACAUCAAAGCUAUCACCCAGGCCUCACUACCUCACCGGUGUUGGUGGUGUCGGCAAAAGCAGUAUUCUGCUGAUGAUGGUCGUGCUGGCGAUGCGCCACAACAGGGCCUUCUUCGAGCGCCUCGCUGCUGCUCCUGCUCCUGCUCCUGCUCCUGCUCCUGCUCCUGCUCCUGCUCCUGCUCCUGCUCCUGCUCCUGCUCCUGUUAAUGCUCCUGCUGCUACCCCUUUCGAUGGCGCCAUUUUCCUCAUCUACCUGCCUAAGACGGAUGCCUUCAUUCAACAACCACCUGAAGUUGCGGCUUCUCAACUGAUCGGCGAUUUGCGAAUUGCCAACCGCCGUCUGUUGAGCUCGGGCUUCCUCGAUGAGCCCGCGUUUCGGAAACUCAAGGCGGCUUUUGUCGAAGAUGAUGGGCCCUCACUCAACCAAUGGGGUCGCAUCAAUGCUGCGUUGGUUGGCCUCGAGUCCCAAAGUCACCGUUUCCGUGUCCUCGUCCUCAUCGACCAGUGGAAUUCGAUCAUUCAUUACAAUGCACUUCCUGAUGGUCAUCGGUUCCAGCUCAAGGCAGACCAUCCUGCUCAAGCCUUCUACAAGCUCGACGCUGCGUUCGGUUUCUCGCUUUUCGUUGCUGCAGUCAGCUCCUCGUUCAACAUGAGCGCAGACAAUGCUUUGAAGGGCGCGCAAUUGUCUAAAUCUUCGGUUCCCAUUGCGCCGCUAACUUCCACAGAGGCUGAGACGCUGCGCGCCAUUUGGUACUAUCGCAACCCACCGACGAACCAGCCGCGUUUGGAAGUCACUGCCGAACAGAUGCAGAGGCUCUUCCUCAAAGUUGGUGGCGUCGCGCGCAUUUUGCAGUUUUACGCAGAUUCGCGCUACGAGAAGGAUUCCGACACCAACUUUGCCACGUUGUGCGUGAAUUACUACGACAGCCGACUCAACCGCCUCAUCGAGCACUACCGACCCCGUGAGAACUUCAAAGAUCUUGUUCAAGACCUUACCACGAUUUUCGUGCACGGUCGGCUUUCUGUGCAUUUCGCCGACGUUUGGCUGCAGACCGGAAUGGUCAAGCGGGAUCCUGAUGACCUCACGCAAUUGAUUCCUGUCAGCGACCUCGUUCGCAGAGCUGGAAUCACGGUCUUUCGUGCUGAGCGCGGAGGCUUUCUCCACUUGAUCUAUGCGGUGGCAACCAUCCGGUGGCACGCGAUAGAGGCAUUUUUCUUGCUGCACCUCCGCGAUUCGACGGUGUUGUCAGGCGUUUCUCAAUCCAGAGCCAGGCUGAGGCUGGCCACGACAGUCAGCGACGUCCAUGUUCUCGAUCGGUCUGUCGGAGCCGGGAAUGUCAAGACGUAUCUGCAGACGCACAACAAUGGCAAACCGUUCCCUGCGAACACCUUGUUCAUUCCUGGCUGGAGCAAUCAUCCCGUCGCAGACGCAGUGUUGCUGACAACCCGGCUCAACACUACGCCAGCUUUGGUGUUUUUCCAAGUCAGUCAACAAUCAUACAGCAACCAUGCAUCGAAGAUCCCUGAGCUUGCUACCUCGCCUCUGAGCAACGGCACGUCCGUGAUUGACACCUACCGCGAACUGUAUGGCAUCCACUGUGAUAGCGCGUAUCAGACACCGGGCAUUGCUCAAGGCCAGCUGCCGGAUUGCGUCAAGUACGUCUUUGCGACCUCGGACACCAGUACCCGCACGUCGCACUCUGUGUUUUUCAUGCAAGCGAGCCAUUUGCGAGAAAUGGAUCCUGCGGGAUGGGAGAACAUGACGAGAUCCAGUCCGUAA